AUGUUUAUGGCAAGAUCUGAAUACGACCGAGGCAUCAACACCUUCUCCCCCGAAGGCCGUCUCUUCCAAGUCGAAUACUCUCUCGAGGCCAUCAAGCUCGGCUCCACGGCCAUCGGCGUAGCCACCUCUGAGGGUGUCAUUCUCGGUGUCGAGAAGCGCGUCACCUCAACCCUCCUCGAGACGUCGUCCGUCGAGAAAAUCGUUGAGAUCGACCGCCACAUCGGCUGCGCCAUGUCUGGUCUCCAGGCUGAUGCCCGCUCCAUGGUCGAGCACGCCCGCGUCGAGAGCCAGUCCCACGCCUUCAACUACAACGAGCCCCUCCGUGUCGAGAGCUGCACCCAGGCCAUUUGCGAUCUCGCCCUGCGCUUCGGCGAGGGUGCUGAUGGUGAGGAGACCAUCAUGAGUCGACCUUUCGGCGUCGCUCUGCUCAUUGCUGGCUUUGACGAGGACGGUCCUCAGCUGUUCCACGCCGAGCCCAGUGGUACCUUUUACCGCUAUGAUGCCAAGGCUAUUGGAUCUGGAUCCGAAGGUGCUCAGGCUGAGCUACAGAAUGAGUACCACAAGUCCUUGACUCUUGUAGACGCAGAGACGCUUGUUCUCAAGACUUUGAAGCAGGUAAUGGAGGAGAAGCUUGAUGCCAAGAACGUACAGUUGGCCAGCGUAACCCGGGAGAAAGGUUUCAGAAUAUACACAGACGAAGAGAUGGCUACUAUUGUGGAGCGACUGCCAGCCAACUAG